AUGGCACUUAAGCGGAAGCGGGCGCCUCCCCAGCCAAGGGUCAGGCACCCGCCGUUGACCGGCGAAAGAGCCAUCAUGAUCUGCGCGUUCGACGAUCUUUGCAGUAAGCUGUCAAAGACGAUCUCGGGCGCGGUGGGGACAGGUUUGAGGACUUGCACGAGCGUGAAUCUGGACUACACCCCAGAGACAGGGGGUACUCGAAGCGCGGCCAAAGACGCGUUUCGUAAUACACAUUCCGCCCUACCCGCAGAAUACCAAUUGGAGCCUGCGAUAACCGCCCUCCAGCUAAUAUACCGCGACUUUCACAUGCCCAGCUCGGUGGCCGAGGUCAAGUCCGUCCGAGACUACGGUCCAUGCGAGCUGGGGCUCUUCGCCCGGAAAGACAUCAGACGAGAAGGAGAAGUCUUUGGAGCGAUGUUCCUUCUUGUCGGCGUUCCUACGACUCUGCAGGGACUCGACACCCGGAUGCAGUUCAAAGGACGUGGGAGGAUGGCAUCGGUCGGAUGCGGGCCUGCGAAAUUCGUUAAUCAUAGCUGCACACCCAAUGUGGAAUGGCGCUUCGUCCACUCCUCGGACACUCACAAGAGCCUGUGGGCGAUAAAGCCUAUCGCAAAAGGAGAGCAGCUGUUCGCAUCUUAUGGGAAAGAAUACUUUGGAAAGAAUUUCGCCCGAUGUAAAUGCCCAAAUCACCCCGAGCGAGUCGUCUCCCUACCAUCCGCGUCCCUCCCAUCCUCCUCUUCCUCUACCUCCAGCUCCCAGGCCGACCCGCUCCACCCCGACGCUAUCAUCAUCGAUGACGACGACUCUGAGCUCGGUGGUCCUGAACUCGUCGAAGCUCCUCGGAUGGCCAUGAUCAUUGAUCUUACCGACCUGGAGGACGAUGAGGACGAGGACGACCGAGACUCGAGCGGCAUGCCCGCAUAUGAUGACGAUAUUACGUUCAUCCGCCACACCAUCGUCCCCCACACACUCCCCCGAGUCCCCAUCAUCCCCAAGAAGGAACGGUACGACCUCGUCGACCUUACGGAGGAGGCCGAGGAGGACUUGCCCGAGGUCCCGGAGCUGCCGGAUGCGUCGCCAGCACUACCUCAGCUGCCGGAGCUUCCGGAGCUACCGGCGCUUCAGGAGCAGUAUGACGACAACGACGACUACGAGACGGCUAGUACCGUCGUCUCGGGUCCGUCCACUUCACGCGGCGCCAGCACGCUCGUCAACUCUCCGGUCGUCCAGCCCAUUGAGGACGACUUCGAGAUGUACGACGAGCAUGACGACUUCUUUUGGAACCCCAAAGCCCCUCCCACCCCCCUCCGUCACUCCCCUGCCAAAUCCUCCAAAACCUCUCCAGCUCCUGCCCCCCAAAUCGCCGCUCCGCCCGUCCUUCCUCGACGUCCGAUCCGCCCGGUUGUCACCUUCGACGCUGACGCGUAUCUUAAGAGCAUGGAGGACAGAUGGGACUACAAUCCGGUACCGCCAGGGACCAUUGUGUACGAUGUAGAGUAG